GAACUCCGUUUCGACAACCAAGUCGCAGUCGUUACCGGUGCCGGCGCCGGACUCGGUCGACAAUACGCCCUCUGUCUCGCUUCUCGAGGCUGUAAAGUCGUGGUCAACGACUUGGGCGGAACUUUCAACGGCGUCGGCGAUUCGACUUCGUCGAAAGUUGCGGACCAAGUCGUCGAGGAGAUCCGAAAAGCUGGAGGCGAAGCGGUUGCGAAUUAUGAUAAUGUACUGGAUGGGGAGAAGAUUGUGCAGACUGCUGUUGAUACGUGGGGGAGGGUUGAUAUUCUGAUCAACAAUGCGGGUAUUCUGAGAGAUGUCAGUCUGAGGAAUAUGAAGGAUGGGGAUUGGGAUGCGAUUAUUGGGGUUCACUUGCACGGAGCGUACAAGACCAGCAGAGCUGCAUGGCCAUACAUGCGUAAGCAGAAGUUCGGACGGAUCAUCCAGACUACCAGUGCAUCUGGACUGUUUGGAAACUUCGGGUCAUCGAACUAUGCGGCCGCCAAGGUCGCCCUUGUGGGUUUUGGAGAAACAUUGGCGAAGGAGGGAGCAAAGUACAACAUCACAUGCAAUAUCCUCGCGCCUGGAGCUGCAUCUCGCUUGACGCAGACUGUCUGGACGGAGGAGAUGAUGAGACUCAUGUCGACUUCAUGGGUCGUACCCCUCCCAAUCUUCCUCGUUCACUCCUCCUGCAAUUCAAAUGGGGCGUUGUUUGAGGCAGGGGCUGGACAUUUCGCCAAAAUCAGAUGGGAACGAAGUCGAGGACUCACGCUGAAAACCAACGGCCUAACACCACAGCACAUCCUCAACAACUGGAGCAAAGUCACAGACGUCACCGACGCAGAACACCCCGACGGUCCUCCAGAGAUGAUGAAGCUCCUUCAAAACGCCAACAGCAUGCCCGACAACAAGCCCGUCUCGAACGACGGACUGCAAUUGAAGGGCAAAGUGGCGCUUGUGACGGGUGCCGGCGCAGGUCUCGGACGAGCAUACGCCAUGGAACUGGCGAAGUACGGCUGCAAGGUCAUGGUUUGCGAUGUUAAGAACGCCGCUACGGUCGCUGAGGAGAUCAAGAAGGCUGGUGGGGAGGCGAAGUCGACUGAUAUUUCUGCUGAGCGGGGUGAUGAGGUUGUGAAAGCGGUUGUGGACGCUUGGGGUCGUAUUGAUAUUGCUGUGAACAAUGCGGGGAUUUUGAGAGAUAAGAGUAUGAGCAAGAUGUCGUUUGAGGAGUGGACGCAGGUCAUGAACUGUCACCUGCGAUCGACGUUCAAGGUCACGAAGGCGGCCUUCCCGUACAUGACGAAGCAGAAGUUCGGCCGUAUUGUCAACGUAACUUCCACGAGCGGUAUCUACGGAAACUUUGGGCAAGCCAACUACGCCGCUGCAAAAGCAGGCAUCAUCGGCUUCACCAAAGCCAUCGGCCGCGAAGGUCAAAAGUACAACAUCAAAACCAACGUCCUCGCCCCCUCAGCCGGAACAUCCAUGACCAAAACAAUCUGGCCCGAAGACCUCGUUUCCGCCAUGGACCCCUCCUUCGUCUCCCCCGUCGUCGCUCUCCUCUGCAGCGCCGCCUGCCCCAUCAACGGUACUAUCAUCGAAGCGGCGGGCGGUUGGUUCGCUACGACGAGAUGGCAGAGGACGAGGGGGGUGGACUUU